UCAUUCUCCAGCCCACACAGACAGCAAAAAGGCAGCCAGCAACCAAUACGGUGCGCCGGAGGAGGAUUUCUGCCAGUGAUUUCAGACGAGGUACGAUACGCAAAGGGGAUUUACUACGCCAAUCUGAACCGGGGAAGCUUUCGGCAAUAGGUAACGUUUAACUCCGGUAGUACCGACCCUGUGACAUCGGUGGUUGGAGAGACACCUUUGCGUAAUUACGCCGGUCUCCUCUCUGCACAUCCGUCUCCUGACCCGAAGAAGGUUCAUGUCUUUCCUUUCUCCUGCCUAAACUUUCCAGUGCUGUGUGCCAUGUCUCUGCCACGCACACUUGGGGAGCUGCAGCUCUAUCGGGUGCUGCAGAGGGCCAACCUGCUGGCCUAUUAUGAAACCUUCAUCCAGCAGGGCGGUGACGACGUGCAGCAGCUCUGUGAGGCAGCAGAGGAGGAGUUUCUGGAGAUCAUGGCACUAGUUGGCAUGGCCACCAAGCCACUGCAUGUGCGUAGGCUGCAAAAGGCCCUCCGAGACUGGGCGGCAAAUCCUGCCCUUUUCAGCCAACCCGUUUCUAAUGUUCCCCUUGGGGGCAUCCCGCUGUUCAAAGUUGACGGAACGGGCACAAGUGGAUCGGCAGGAGGACCCAGGAAGUCUGUGAGCAAUGGGCAGCCGGGGUCACCCUGUGAAAGGGAUGAUCGGGCAUGUCUUACUCCAAUGCACAGUGGGAGUCCAAGAAGCCCCUGUUCCCAGGCCUCCCCACAGCCACCAGACGCACACUACAGGGAAAAACUGUCACCCAUGGACCCACACUGGCUCAGCCCAGAUCCAGAUGGGAACUGCACUUUGGCUUCUGCAUCUGGAAUAGAGGAGGAGCCGUCCAGCCCACCUCUGCUGUCAACGUGUCCUCCUGGCCCCUCCACGUCUCCGAGCCCCUCUGCUUCUUUUGCCCCAGCUGCUCUGUCAGCCUGGCCUGGAGGUGGACGAGAGCUGGACGGGGAAACAGCAAGGGCGGUGGUGGAGAGCGUGGAGAGGCUUCUCAGGACCCUGCCCAGGUCGGAUCCUGCAGAGGUGAAGACUUUGCUGAGGAUGAACAAGAAGAUGGCAAAGACUGUAGGGCACAUCUUCAAAAUGGGGUCCCAGGAUGUGAACAAGGAAGAGGAGAUCCGAAAGUACAGUCUCAUUUAUGGACGCUUUGACUCCAAGAGGAGAGAAGGCAAGCAGCUCACACAUCAUGAGCUGAUCAUCAAUGAAGCUGCAGCCCAGUUCUGUAUGCGCGACAAUGCCCUUUUGCUGAGACGGGUGGAGCUCUUUUCUCUGGCUCGGCAGGUGGCGAGAAAAUGUGCCUACACCUCCACACUAAAGCAUGCAAGGACAAACGCAGAUGAGAACAGUGUGGUGUCCCAGAAGAGAGCGAGACAUGAGGUAAUUGUGCCUGAGGGUGUGUCAUCACUUCUUGGGGUGGAGGGCUCAGAGGGUUUGACCCAGAGGGCAGAUGACGACAGCUUAUCUGCAGAAAGCCUCGACAGUGUAUCACACGACAUUGGCUCACAGUGCAACCAGUCUCCCUCCCCACGUCCCCACACCGACACCUCCAACCCUGCCAGCUGGAGUCGCCAUCUCAUACAGCAGACGCUAAUGGACGAGGGGCUGCGAUUGGCUCGGAUGGUGUCACAUGAUCGGGCUGGCAAGCUCAGCCUAGGGUCAGAAGGAACUCACUCCACAGACCAUGACAGUAAAGUGGAGAGGCGGAGCUCGAUAACAGCAUGCAGGAGCAGUAGCCCUUGCAUCAUCAAAGACGACUCCAGCCAGCGGGGGAAAUGAAAAUGCUCUGAAGUUAUCAGAGAACUUGUGCUCAGGCCUGCCACUGAACUCCUCUCAGAGUCUGCUGUACAGGCUGUAACCCAGCAGGUUUUUCCACGUGCACUUCACUGACAUCGUGAGCAUCACAACUGUGAGAAGACUCUUACUGACCACAAACUCUAUACAGUAGACACCAGAAUUUACCAGCGACUGAUAUCAUAAACCUGCAGUGACUUCUAAAUGCUGAAGUUGUGGAUCAAGUUAAAAAAUGUUCUGUUCAGAGUUUAUAUUCAGUAAAUAGGUAGGGGAGAUGAACACAUGGACUACAUGUCCCGCAGAUUUCAGCUGAUAGUAAAAAAAAAAACUACAAGAUUUUAUGAGGAAAAACCUGAUGUUUUUGUUAGAUUAAUCAUACUGUUUUGAGCAGUGCCAUGUGGUGAAAAAAAAGCCACCUGUUCCAGAUGAAAUGGGCUUGACACAGCAGGGGGCACUGCAACUUUGGAAAUGGACUCUCCUAACUUAAUCUUGAGUAACAAACUUGAGUAACAAACCAGUUAUACAGUUAUACUUUUUUUUUGUAGGGACACUUUUAUUGACAUUGUCAGUAAGUAAUAAUAUGAGUAUGAUAACAUUAUCUGCAGUUCAUCACCCUCAGGAAACCAGUGUUUGUUUUUAACAAAAUUCAGCGUGGUAGUCAGAUUAAGUCAGACAAGAAUGAUAUUCCUUGACAUUCAAAGACAGUUUACAUAGAUGGAGUGGGAAAACAAUGAGCGUAUGUGGCAUAAGCUGAUCUACAUCUCCCAGAGCAUAAACUCAAAUGCCGCUGUCAGGCUCUGAGGCCUUUUUUUUUUUUCCUUUGCUGCAUCAUCUAAUCACUCGUCAGAUCUGAACAGGCAUGCUGAGGUCUAUGAGAUAUGAAGCCACCAGUCUUCAUCAUUUGCUCCCUCGCAUCUUUCUUUGAUAAUAUUUUUUGCACAAAUGGCUGAUAUGGUGUUUGUAAGAGAUAAAGCUUCAGGCUUUUGUUUGAGGCAUUUCAUUAUUUUUAAUUGUGUGAAAAUGUACUCAGAGCACAUUUUCUAAAUUCAGUGGCAUGAAAUAAGAAUACAGACGCUUUAUUGAUUCCCAGCCAAAAGCUGAUUUUUCAGUUGCCUUUUUCGACAGUGAAAUCAGGUUUCAGACUCGCAGAGCAGCAGGGUUCAGUGUCUUGCUCAAGGGCAUUUUAGCAGUGAGGCUGUUUUCUGACUUUGGAGCUUUGAGCUCAGCUCAGCUUCCCUCUCAUCUACAAGUUCAAGUUAUGCGCAGUAGGUGACAUUGUAUAGCCUUUUGAUUAAACUGCAUUCAGAACUACAUUGCAAAAUUUAGAGAAUUAAAAAAGUUAAUAAAAUAACAUUUAAAAUAGCGUUUACCACAUCAUUUUUAAAAAAUGUGAUGAGUAGUGUAGAUUUUGAUUCAAUUCUUUCUUUCUUUUUUUUUUUCUUAGCUGUAGCGGAAACUUGUGGGCUGUAGCGCUGUGUCUUUGGGAUGAUUUCUGUAGUCUUAGAUACUAACAAGGUGAGCUUUACGUUAGUUUCCCUUUCUAAAAACAGUUCUUUUCACCGUUCCGACAGUAACGUAGGGAGAAAUAAUCUCACUAUUUUCCAAGCUUUUAGAAAGAAACAAAGAAAUCUCAUGGUGCUUGACUUUUGAUACAGCAGCUCGUGUUACUUAUUUCAACCUAUUGGCCCUCAAGAGGAAUUGUUGAAAUGUGUUUGAACUUCAUAUAAUGACAAGGCUCAUGUUGAUAAUUAAUGAAAACGUAAAGAUUUUUGUACCCUUAAUCACAGAGUAUGUCAGUGAGGUAGCUUGCUGUGCAUCAGUUACACCUGCCUGUCUCUUGAGCAUUAGUAACCUCCUCAGUUUAUUAUGUUGCAAAACAGAUUAUUUAUUUUGUUACAUCUCAAUAAAUGUUAUUUUAUUGCUUAAAAGCCACCGUA